AUGCACGAACGCGUCAAUCGGGGUUUCAAACUGAAGAACAUUACUAUUUGGAAUUCGAAGAAAUAUAAUGAGGAAAUUCCAAAAACUUCAAAUUACGAUCAAACAUAUUUAAGGAUGUUGUAUGGAGAACUUAAUACGAAUGAAAACGAAAUAAUGAACACAUUGAGUUGCAUGUACGUCUAUUACACAAACAUAUUUGUAACAGAAGCGUUUGGAAUUUAUAACCUAAUGCUCGUGAUGCCGGACGAACGCAUGGAAAAUCAAAAUCUGAACAAAGAAUUGAUAUUCAGGUACAUCGAUAUAUCGCUAAUGAUGUUGGCCACAAUUUAUAACGAAGAGUAUCAACCUCCUGAAUGGAUGAUCUAUCUGGUUCUUUAUUUUAAUGAAAUACAAAGCAUAUACGAUAACGUGGAGUUGUUCCAGUCCGAAACUAAGAAAAUUAUACAGAUUUUACAAAACGCCUGCGAUGAAUGUGACUUAAAUAGUGAGAACCAGCCUGCAAUUACCAUACCACUAGAAGAUAUGGAAAAUGAAUACAAUCCCGAAAAUGUUAAAUUGUAUAUGCGUUGGCAACGCGAAUUGGUCUUGAUACAAUUUGCUCACUCUACACGUGGAAAAUACGUGAAAAAAAUAUAUUCGAGUUUAAUUCAUAUAGCGUAUAUAUUAGAAAUCAAUGCGGAAAUAUUGCCGUAUUCAAACUUCAACGAUUUCAUUCCGUCCAAAUGGCUGUUUGGAAGUAUCAAAUUUGAUAAAAAUACACUCGACAAAUUCCGAUGGGAUAAGAUUCAGGUCGACAAAAAUGGCGAUGAACACUGGAAAAUGUUUUCGGAAAAAGAGUUGGCCGAAAUAAAUUUAAAAAAUGUCACAAGUGAAAUUGACAUGGACGAUAGAUUAAAUAACUCGUUUUUUAUUUACAGUCGAUUACUCAAUUUCGUAGUUAUGUCCGUUGCCAGGUUAAUCAAGGCCUUCAUAAGACAAUGCUUUGAUAUUAGAACGUCUACUCAAUACAUCGAAAAUAAUGCCAAUAAUGAAGCCAAUAAAAUGUUUGCGAAACAUUGCGUCG